AUGAAUUUCUUCUCGAAGCCCGAUCCUAAAGAGCAAAUGCGUACAAACACCCGGGAAUUGCGCAAAACAAAUCGUGAAUUGGAAUCUGAUCGAAGACAGUUGGAGCGGAGAGAAAAAGAAUUGGAAGAAGAAAUCAAGAAACUUGCUAAAAAAGGGCAAACUGAUGCUGCUCGCCAACUCGCAAAACAGCUUGUCCAACUCCGAAAUCACAAGGCGAAAAGCGUUGGAAUGAGUGCGAAAAUAAGCGGAGUUCAAGCGCAGAAUAGUCAUAUGAACAGUAUGGCGAAAAUGUCUUCUGCAAUGGGCACCACUGUAAAGACGAUGAAAGCAAUGGAGAAGCAGAUGCCUUUGGAAAAGGUUGCUCGAAAUAUGCGCGAGUUUCAGAUGGCACAGGAAAAGAUGGGUCUGACUGAGGAGAUGAUGAACGACGCCUUGGAUUCGAUGUUAGAUUCUCCAGGCGAUGCUGAAGAGCAGGAUGCCAUUGUGAAUCAAGUUCUCGAUGAAAUCGGCAUCGAGAUGAACAACAAACUCUCAAAUGUGCCGGCAAUUCCAACGGGCUCUUCCACUGCAACACCGACAGUGGCUACUUUCGAUGACCUUGAAGCCAAACUGGCACAAUUGCGAAGCUAA